AUGACUAUCUAUGGAGUUGAAGCCAAAGGAGGAGCUUAUUCCGCCAUUGCAGCUCUGGUCAACAUCCCAGCCACCAUUUUGGGUGCAACCAUCUAUGAAUUGUUCAUUGUCGAUUCAGACCGACCUGUCAGCUCAGGAGGAUUGGAAUUUAUUAACCACCACGCAAAUCACCGCCGAACCCUCCAACAAAACAAUGGAGAUAGACGCCAUAGUGUUCAGAGCAUGGUUGACCUUGCCGACACUUCAUCGCAGGAAAAGCCUACCAUCGCAACUUUCGAGCACGCCCCAGGCAACAAUGGAAGUAUGCAGGUUUGA